UUGAGCGGGAGUUUGUCACUCGUUAAACUGGUUUCCGAGUUCUUUACUAUAUUGGCCCUUACUUUUCCCCCCGCCAAAUAGUCGCGCAUAAUCUUUUGCUCCUGCGAGAGUUUGAGAGAAUAAGAAAGAGCUAGGGUUUUGAAAUUUGAAUAGAAACUGAAAAAUUAAGAAGAAAACCAAAUGGAAAAGAGGGAAACCAUCAACAAUUGUGGCAAUGUAAAAGGACGAAUGAACCGAGGUUGCAUAGAAGCUAACACUUUGGCCAUCAUAGACUCAGCUGAAAUUCACAAAGAUUCUCAAGAUGCCAAAGAUGACCGUAUGGAUUUUCUGGAAGCCGUGCGUAUUGCUUCUAUUGUUCCAGAAAACGGAACACCUCCAACUAAGAAAAUGGUUGAAGCGGUGUUUCAAAUCCUAAGGGCAGGCAAAUCUCUAGAACUUAUAAUGUCUAGUUAUGAGCUUCUGAACGAGAUUGAAAAGCGUUUUCCUCGGAUUUAUGUAUCUGAAUCAUCUGGUAAUGGUUCACCUGAGUUGGUUGUGAUUGAAGAGGCAUGGUUGCCGUUUAUGGUUUCCUUAGAUGUUAUGUCUAGUGAGAAAGAAACCAAUCGAAGAAAGUUGCGCGGACUGUUUGAUCCCAAUGGUUUUCAUGAAUUAAUAACAGGCCUUGCUGAAAUGGCUUAUAAAACAAAUUCUCAGAGAUUGGAUACUAAGUUCUUAGGAAAUAUGUUACUGUUUCAGUAUCUUGUCAAUGUUCUUGAAGGAGAUUUUUUAGCCCGUAUCAGUAUGUAUAAAGAAAGCAUGAACUGGAACUUUUUGAGGGAGUGCUUAAUCAACAUGCUUCUGGCUUCAAAAAGAGUCAACUAUAGGGUUUUAAUGAAAGAGUGUUUGCAUACAAUCUGUGGACUGUACCAAGAUUAUGCUGGAAUUCGUAAUGAGCCUGACUCUUCUGAUGAACAUUCAUCCGAGAAUCAUAAUACUGAUGUAGCAAUUGCGUUACUUGAAGUUCAAAGGACUACUUGUAUGGCUAUGCAGAAACUUAUUAUAAUGAUUAUGGAGAUUGACAUGUCAAAGCAGCAAGCCAACAUGCUAGGUCUAACUACCAGAUCGGAUGGUCUGAGAAUCCCACUGAUAGAGAUAAUCUUGGACGAGCUAACCUAUUACAGAAAGAUACUUCCCCGAUUUCUUCAGAUCUUUAAUGACCCAAAAUGGAAGCUUGAAAUCAUUGUGCAGUACUUACUUAAAUACACAGCUAAGCCUGUUCGUACUCGGAGAUCGAAUGGCCCUUCGGAAGAUUCUACGUUUCUCGGAGUUUUGAAGUCCUUUUCAGAUAGCAGCAGCGUAAGAAGCAUUAUAAAAAAACUCAAUGUAGAAGUUAUUCAGUUGCUUUUGGCGCAUGCUUUUCUUGCCUAUAUGUCCUUGACAUCUCAGCAACAGCUUCCUGGGAUGCCUGGUUGCAAUGAAGCUGUAAUAGACAGCUUGUCUCUUGUGGAAAUAUCUAAGAACGUAGCUGCUGCUUUCAAUAGUCUAAGAGAAGCAGAUAAGAAGAUUCAGAUUUCAUCUCUUGGAAAAGAAGCACUAUUUACAGCAACAAUGAUCAUUUCGACAUCAUAGGAAACUGAGAGAAAGAUCCGGAUGACUUCUGGUUCCGAAAGGGUCGCAUUAUUAAAUGUUAGUAGUUUGCUUGGCCAUCACUGUAUUAGUUUUACCUAGCUCUGUUUUCAGUUCCAUUCCGGUACGGCUGAUUUGGUUGGUACACUCUAAUCUGGUUAUAAACCAUAACCAUAAAGCUUAUAUUUCGUUUAGUUAAAA